AGUUACUCCGCAUUUCAGGAAGGAGCGGCCAUAAACCUUGAGGUGUCUUCUCAGCUAGACGUUCAAUAUCCCUGGUUUAUUUUCCAAGUGAACGCGAUAUUUCAAGUAUAAUGUCUUACUCCAAGCGCAUCGAUCAGAUUGCAGGCCAUCUCAACUACCCCAAGGGUAUGUUGGCUGGCCAAACCGCCAUCAUCACAGGUUCAGGACAGGGAAUCGGCGCUGAGGCCGCGAAACUGUUUGCAAAGGAAGGCGCGAAGGUUGUGGUAGCCGAUGUAGAUGCCAAGAAAGCAGAAUCUGUAGCUGCGGAAAUCAACGAGUCUGGUGGUAGCGCCCUGGCUGUCGCAGGCGACGUGCUCGACGACGCCUACAUCAAGACGCUUAUUUCCAAGGCUGCUGAGUUCGGAGGCGGCAAGCUCCACAUCAUCGUCAACAACGCCGGCUACACAUGGGAUGGCGUCAUCCACAAGAUGACGGACAAGCAAUGGCACACGAUUGUUGACCUACACGCGACAGCGCCUUUCAAGAUUGUGAGGGCUGCGGCGCCAUACUUCAGGGUCAAGGACGGCGAGCCGAGGAACAUCAUCAACAUUUCCAGCACAAGUGGUGUGAACGGCAAUGCUGGACAAAUCAACUACGCGCUGGCGAAGGCGGGUGUAACCGGUAUGACCAAGACCAUUGCGAAAGAAUGGGGCCCUCAAUUCGGCGUGCGCUCCAACACAGUAGCCUUUGGACACAUCCAGACACGGUUGACGGCGGCGAAGGAGGCUGGCGCAUUCAUUACCACGCCCGACGGCGAGAAGGUAGCGCUGGGCAUACCACAGGCGCAAAAGGCAGGCGCAGGGCAGGGCCAAGAACACAUGGACAUUCCUCUGAGGAGACCGGGCACGGCGACGGAGGCCGCGAGUGCCGUGUUGGCCGUUGCGAGUCCGCUGUUCAGUUAUGUAAACGGAGAGACGAUCAAGGUGACUGGAGGACGCGGCAUGUAGAAAAGUGCAAGCCUCGUGCGACAAUUGACAAACUUGUUUGCAAGCUCAAACACAUGCGGUGGUGAGGGAGUCGCAAAGAUAGUCAGCUAUGGUUUCAACUACCAAGAUCUUGGACAGGGUCUCGGCACCCAUGUUC